AGAUGGAGAACCUUCAGGAUGCGGGUGCUGGAGGCGCUAACCUGUGCCUGGGACUUGCAAAUGGGUGAACUCAAGUGUUCCUAUGUCAGCGGUUACAUCCAGCAUGGAUGACCUGUUGAUACUGGACAACUUGGUGGCUAACACGGCCUACAUGAAGGCUCAGCAGGGUGAUCACAAGGAGUGGAGAGUAUCCCUGACACUGCCCAGCCCAAAGAAGACCUUUCCUCCUCUUCCAGCAGUGGAGAAGACAUACGAGUCGCUCUGUGAGCAGCAGCCUAUUGGGAGGAAGCUGUUUCAGCAGUUUCUCCUCACCUCAAACCACCAGUGUGUGGCUGCUGCUGAGUUCCUGCAGGAGCUGGGUGAGUGGAGCUUUGCUGAGGAUGGAGCCAAAGAUGCGGCCAAAAGGAGGAUACUUGCCAAGUUCUGUCGGCCUCAGUCUCCGACCUUCCUGUCCUACCUCACAGGACAAGACACGAAGAUGUGCAUGGCUUUAUCAGACAGAAACCUUGACAAUGCGGCGAUGGACAAGAUAAAAGAGGCAACAAGGAGCUUCUUGAAGGGCAAACCCUUUUUGGAGUAUCUGAAAAGCCCCUUCUUUUACAGGUUUCAGCAGUGGAAGGAGUGUGAGAAGGAGAGGGUUACUGACAAAUACUUCUAUACCUUCAGGAUUUUGGGAAGAGGGGGGUUUGGUGAGGUUUGUGCAGUACAGGUGAAAUACACUGGCCACCUGUACGCUUGCAAGAAGCUGGAUAAAAGACGUCUGAAAAAGAAAGGCGGUGAGAGAAUGGCCCUUUUGGAGAAGCACAUCCUGGAAAAGGUCAACAGUCGCUUCAUUGUAAACCUGGCGUAUGCAUACGAAAGCAAAACCCACUUGUGUCUGGUCAUGGACUUGAUGUUUGGGGGAGACCUCAAGUUUCAUAUCUACGAGCUCGGGCAGAGGGGCAUCUGCAUGGAGCGCGUCGUUUAUUACGGGGCCCAGAUAAUCGCUGGAAUCCUGCACCUGCACGCAAUGAACAUUGUGUAUCGUGACAUGAAGCCUGAGAACGUGCUGCUGGACGGCAAAGGCCGGUGCAGAGUGUCAGACCUCGGAUUGGCCGUGGAGCUCCCAAAUGGCAAAAUGAUCUGCCAGAAGGCUGGUACUACCGGUUACAUGGCCCCUGAGGUUCUCAAGCAGGAGUACUACCGCACCUCCGUGGACUGGUGGGCUCUGGGCUGCAGCAUUUAUGAGAUGGUGGCUGCUCGUCUGCCUUUCAGAGACUUCAGGGAAAAGGUGCAGAAUGGCGAGGUGACCCGUCGCACUCUGGAGGAUGAAUGCAAGUUUGAACACGAGCAGUUUGAUGCUCCCACCAAAGAUAUUAUCAGGCAGUUCCUCAAGAAGAAAGUUGCGCAUCGCCUUGGGUGCCGUAGUGGUGAUGACCCCCGAACCCAUGUCUUUUUCAAGAAUAUCAACUUCCACCGCCUGGAGGCGGGACUGGUGGAGCCCCCCUGGGUGCCAAAGCCCGACGUGGUUUAUGCCAAAGACACUGAUGAGUUACGGGACAUCUCUGAGGUCAAUGAUGUCAAACUCGAUGCCACGGACGACAGGUUCUUCAAGGCGUUCAGCACAGGUGCAGUCUCCACCCGCUGGCAGAAGGAAAUGAUUGACAGCGGCGUGUUUGAUGAGCUGAACAACUCCGAACUGAACGGACACGUCCCCAAGACUCCCUGGAAUUCCAGGACAUGUGUCAUUCUUUAAGCAACAUCUCAGCAGACAAUAAGACACAAGCGAGUGGAGCUGGGAGGUUGAAUACUUGAAAGGUUGUCAAAUCUAACUAUUAAUGAAGUGCCUUAGUUGAGAUGCUGAACUUAGCUGCUCCGAAACGGUUCAGUCCCAUCGCCUUUGUCCUGAAACGUCUAAGUAUCAAAGACCAGGUGACGCUGCAAGGCCUGCACGCCACGCUGAACACCCGUCCCAGCAGUGAAGGAAAACCGCAGCAUUUACACGCGGAUGGAAACUCAGGCAGUUGCUUUAUCCUCUGCCCUCUCCUCCCGGUGAGACAGUGGGUCCCAGAGCAUUCAUAGUUUCCAUUACAUCAACCCGGCCAUUUUGGCAGACAAUUGUUUACAUGUGUUUGUAAACAAAUUGCAUUAUGGUUGCGUUAUGGCCACUGACAAGCAGCAGUAUUAUUAUCACGGUUAUCCACUGAUUCCUGUGGUGACUGAUAUGUCACCACAGGAAUCAGUGGGUGAGGGUGCCGCCUCAUGAAAGUGCACGGUCUCACGUUUUGAUUGUUUUUGAUUUGAUGCCUGUGUGAAGCACAAGUUCACCACUAAGUGCCGCCAGAUACCCACCAAGUGCACUCGACCUCCUGCGUGCUCCUCAUCAUCCCCAUUAUCCUGACAAUGUUGUUCAGGUAUUUACAAGCAUUCAGUGCUUUUAAUAGGCGUUGCAGGAAGACACAAACUGUUUUUUCCCAGGAAAGAUUUGAAAAAGAA